UAUGCGGUGUAACUAAUUGACAUUCGUUUGACAAUAAACUGCUACAAAUCACGUUACAAAUACAGUUUACUCUUGGUUUACUACCUAUCUACACUCAACGGUUUACCUAUCCAUGCACUUGGAACGGUUCACGGUGUAAACAUUGUAAUGCUAUUUUGGUUUUGAAGCGUUUCGAAAUUGACGUGUGAGCUGUCACCGGUAGAUAUUUUGGAUUACUAUGGAGGCGAAACACGAUCAAGCGCUAUUACAAAUUUUGAAAGAAGAACGAAACGUGACGAACUUUUUAGAUGCUUUUUUCGGUUUUAUGUAUAGAUGCACUGAUUUCUACGUUCACUCAACCCCAGACCAAAAGCUGGGCUUUCCCCCUGGCGUGGCAGACAAUCUAGUUUUAACGAUAUUGCAAAAAUGGAAGAGGAAGUGGGAAACCGAAGAAGUAGCAAGAUCCACAGCAAGGCUACAAGUCGUUCAGCUGCCCGAGCCCAUCCAAGAAGUAGAAGUUAGUACUGAGGGUAACCAAUUAAAAGCUGAGCCAGCAAAGGUGUCUGAAGCCCCAAUACGACCCGUGGAAUGUUACAAUGGGGCUAUUACGGAUAAUUACACAUGGUCACAGACGAUAAAGGAUUUAGAUUUCCAAAUUAAUAUUCCUCCAUACAUUCAAAAGGCCAAAGAUUUGCAAGUAGACAUAUCUGCCAAUAGAAUAAGAAUAGAUGCAAGAACAGAGAUAAUAAAAGAGAAUAACGAACUCGAAAAGUAUUCUCAGAGCUCAAGUUCACCAGAGUGGACAGUUAUUUUUGAUGCAGAGCUAAACUAUAAAAUACACCGAGAUGACUCUAUAUGGUCAAUUAUUCCUGGGAGAUAUGUAGAUGUUCAUGUAGAAAAGUUUAUUGAGAGAUGGUGGGAUGCUUUGACAAAAGGUGAACCAAAGAUAGAUUUGAGUAAAAUGGAUUGUUCGAUACUGAUAGAUGAUUUGGCAGUUAAUGAGCAGAUGAAAGUUCAUGAGUUGAUGUGGAAUCACCAGCAAAAGUUGCUAGGGAAGCCUACAUCCGACCAAAUAAAUUUAGAAAAAGUUUUGAAAAAGGCAUGGAAUGUCGAAGGAUCGCCUUUCAAGGGGUCAGAGUAUGAUCCAAGUGUGCUACAUUUUAAUGAAUUCUGAAUUUUAACGAAAGUCAUACUAGUCAUUUCGAUAUUUAUAAACUAUUUACGUUAAUUGUUUUCGUAUUUUAUUAUUUUUAGGCAAAAAUUUUUUGCCCCUUCCAUUGGGUGACGUUAUUUUAUCUUAUACAAAUUAUCGAAAAUUUUACGUUCAGUAAAUAUGCAUAAAUACAAUAUCUUUGUUACACCUGAAUGCGUGUUUAUAUUAAAUAAAUAUGAAAAUCCGU